UUGUUCAGUCGAUGACGAUCACCCAGAACCUCCACACCGCAUCGACGCAGGUGGUUUUGACAGUGCAACCAGACCCACUGCUUGCAACACUGGCUAAUCAUCCAGUGAGAUCAACUGGCUUUCACGAGGGACAACAGCGACCGACGAGUCUGACACCCUCUGGAUCAAUGGUGUCACCAUCACAAUCAGCUACGUCCCUCCAUCGAGCUGCCACUGCUCCAGCCGGUGGUGCCCCUUGCUCCACCCGUAUUACUGGACCUCAGCCUGUUGAUCAUGAGAAAAAGCGACAAAUGGAUGCACAACGAGUUACUACUUUUCAAUUAAUGCUGGAGAAGGAGCAGAGUUAUGUCGACAAACUUCGAUAUGACUUGGCAAAGACUGGAACGAGCUCGGGAAAUACGUCGAAUAUUGUUAAUCUUCAGUCAGAACUAGCUGGGGCUGAGCGUAGGGUUCGAAAGCUUCAGGAGGAACUCGCAGCAAUGACUCCUAGUGAUCAGCCUUGCCCCCUGGUAACAAAUGCUUCGUCUCCCUCUGGGCAUUAUCCAGGCACCCAAGGUGGUGGUGCAACUGGUCAAUCCAGUGAUGUACCACCACCACUGCCUUCACGUAAAUCCCUUCCUGUGCAGAGUCUUUCCCCACCUCCAUUGCCACCACGACCUCCACCCACUCCAAAUACACAUAAUAUCAUACAAUCCGGACAGUUAGAGAUGGAGCGACAUCUGCUGACUCAUUUAACGGCCCCCACCACCAGUCACGGCAUCCCUAACUCUUUCUCGCAGGACAGCCACUUGAGUUCGCCAACGGGUCUGAGUAAGCACCAGCGUACAAAAUCCUCCCCAGAGCAGCUUGGUACGUCGAUAUCGCCCUCAGAGGCCAGUAAAAGGCUAAUAGCCUCAGAAUCGAUGAGUGAUCUAUCACCCCACCGUCACACCCGUCACAGUGGAAUAGAUUUGGACGAUCCAGUGCACAUAACACCCCCUGGAACUCCACCACCCCCUUACCCCCAGCCAAGUCCAAGUGGAGAGUUGCUAUCAUCAACUCUGAACGACAGCUUGAUGAACGAUAGUUUUUCUCCAGCAUCACCCCCACGUCAGGGAUCAACAGAGACCCCAGGUCUGCCAACAAUUCAACAACCCAUAAUGUCAAUGGAGGACGACGACAUGAGUGACCAAGAAGUGGGGCAACUGGAGGAUCAUGGACCCUUCAAAUCCCUCUCUCGAUUAUGGGAGCACCACGCACACCUCUCAGUCUUCAUAAACUACGUACUCUCCAACAGCGAUCCAUCGGGCCUCCUCUUCUACCUCGUAACAGAUCUCUACAAGGAGGGAAAUGCCAAAGAGAUGAAGAAAUGGGCCUACGAGAUCCACUCGAGUUUUCUAGUUCCAGGUGCUCCACUCCGUCUCAACAAUGUCGAUGAAAAUAUAGCGCGUGAAAUUGACGAUGUCCUCUUGAAGGAAUCCGACAAGGAGGAGAUACUUCGAAAGAUAUUCUGGAAAGCAAGGGCCAAGGCCAAGGAGGAGCUUAACGAGCAGUUGGCAGAUUUUCAGCAGAAGAGAACAGCUGGAUUGGGAAUGCUAUUUGGCCCCAGUGAUACGCAGCUCGAUGAGAGUGAGUCUGAUAAAUCCAAAGAGGCGAAGAUCAUUGAGACUUAUCUAUUACCCAAGAUGGAGGGAUAUCUUGAGGAUAUUGAGAAGGAUCAAGGGGAUCUACGUCAAUUUACCACUGCAGCUGGACUGGCAACGAUAUUGACGAAGAUAUUUCAAGUUAGAUCUGUGUCACUUGAUCGUGUACCAACCUUUGUGGCUAAGGACAAGUCCAUUAUCAAGGCGAGAAUACUUACUGGCAAGAAUAGAAAGAUGACUGUAAGGGGUCAUCAUUUUGCUGCACAUCAGUAUUUCACUGUUACGUAUUGCAAUCAUUGUCAGACCAUUAUUGGGGGAAUCGGACCGCAGGGAUAUCAGUGCAGUGAUUGUUCAUUGAGUGUUCAUCGACCUUGUGUUAGGGUUGUUCAGGAGGACUGCCCUGGGCCACAUAUUAGGAAGGAGAAGGCCAAUGAUGCACUUAGUAAACUCAUGGAGAGGAUAUACAGGCCUGAAAGGAAACCACCGUCAUCUCAUCAUUAUCAUCAAAAUCAACUGCAUCUGGUCGAACGCACUAAGAGAGCAGAAGAGGAGGGCGCGUUGAUAGAUGGCGAGAACGGGGAGCACCGAGGUCUAGCCAGUGGUAACGCAAGAACUAGUGCCGAGAGAGGACGUCUCUUCGGAUUUAACGAUCAUCCUGAUAGCAUGGAUGAUCCUUCAUCCAGGGAAGACAUCUCCGAAAUGGUGCAGCAAAAUAUUUCCAGCAAGCCAAAGACAUCGAACAUAAACAGAUCUGAGAGUUAUAAAGAACGUAUCCACAACAAGCGGCAGUUGCGAGAGAAGCGGAAGACGAGUGAUCCAAAUCUUUCCAAAACAAACAUCCAACAGUCCAGGAGUUCAAGAAUCUCGAUAUAACAAAACGUACUCUCAUCCACGAGGGCCCACUCCAGUGGCGAAUCGUCAAUCGUCCAAAGCCCGUGGAUCUCCACGUGGUACUUCUAGACGACACUAUUCUCCUCCUCCAUCGGCAGGACGAGAAAUACCUCCUCAAGUUCAUGAAUACGAAUCAAGUAAACUCUGUACUCAGUCCAAUAGUCAAAGUAUCCACUGUACUAGUUCGUAACAAUGCUGUUGAUAAAAAUUCUCUUUACCUGGUGAAUACAUCUCAGAAGGGGGCGCAGAUCUAUGACCUAGUGGCAGCAUCACCAGCAGAGUGCAAGCUCUGGUGCAAACACAUAUCAGAGGCUGCUGAUACGUACAACAAGGCGAGAAGUCGAGAGGGCAGAAGGCCCUCGUCACCACAGACUGCCAUGAACAAUAGCAGUGAAGAGACACCUGAGGCCAGUACCCUGGACAAUCCGGACAAGGAUAAGACCAAGGAGGACGAUCCUGACACCACUGAGAGAGAGAAAAUUGGGGAGAAACGACCUGAGGCGAGUGAGCAAUUUUUAAUGAGUGAUCGAGAGUCUGGAGGGAGUCCUGGAGAUGGGGGGAAGGAGUCGUCGAAUCCUGAGGGCUCUGGAUCUUCCCCUGGAGGUUCUGGUGGGGCCACAACUCCUGGACAGGAAAUAAAAUCCCCGGAGGAGCCCAAUGCUGGGAUUGGAGAGACCAUGAGACUCGUAACGUGCACCCAGUGCUCUCUGAUUGAUCCAACGGAGGUGCAUGCUGAGGUCAGACCUAUUCAUGUGGCUGAACCCAGGCUCACACCCAUUGAGAGACUUAGGAGGAAGGACCUGGUGAUAAGGGAGGCACUUGUUGAAAAACAGGUACUCGUUGCCGAUAUUCUUUGUAUUCCUAAAGAAGAUUUUGAGCACGUCGUUGACAUGGCUGAUAUGGCAUCAGAGCAGACUACUCUGGAGAAGGAACCUGCUGAGCUCAUUCUCGCUGCUAUUAAUCAGGCUAAUCAGCUGGUUAGUUUGAUAAAUAUGGCACUAGUGGUGACUGAGUCUGAGGCUGUUCUUGCUGCAAAGGGCUCCAGCGGUGGAGGAUGUGGCUCUGCUGGAUGUCCCAUCCCCAGGAGCAACUCUGAGUCCAGGCCCAGUGUUCCUGUUGCCUCUUUACAACCUGUUUGUCAUUCUCUUAAUCUGCAAUUGUCUCAGCUAUUGGAAAUUGUUAAAGAGAGAGAGGGCGAACGAGAGCGACUACGAAAGGAAUUACGUAGAAGUAGAGAACGUCUCCAUGCAUUUGACGUGGACGCGCAAAAACGUGAGCACAUCCAAUCACAUUCAAAUACUAGCCAAACAUCCCCAGAAUUGGUACCCUCAUCUUCAUCAGCAGAGGGUGGACCAGAUAAUUCCACGAGGGAUGAGUUCGUCGAUGCAAACGAGGAGUCGACACCCCAGGCUAAAUCAGACGAGACAAAAGACACUGUCAAAACACAAGUGAUGGGUGAUUGCGUAGGCUGAUUACUGAAUAAUCUUCAGUCACAUAUUUAUUAAUCACAUAUAUCUUGGUGCAUUUUACUAGGGCGUUCGAACGUGGCUGCUCGCAUCGGAAGAAGUAAAUCAGUUAAUCAAACGAAAAAAUAUUAAAAAAAAAAACAAACACCAUUGCCAGCUGUUCUAUAGGCUUAACGUUGUUCAAUAUUUCGCUUAAUACUGAUUUUCGAUGGGAGUUGAAUUUUUUUUAAUGCCUUUACUCAGCGAAUUUCAUGUAAAUAGAUUCGAUAUAUUUUUCUCCCCGUUAUUCUUUCGUUUCAAUUUAUGACACAGUAUCACAUCAUCAAUGAUGAACAAUUUAUAUUAAUAUAUUUUUCAUUUUUUACUAACUGCGUAAUGCGUAGGAUUUUAAUACGACGAAAAAAAAAUGUUGAAAUGUUUUUUCGAUGUUUUAUUGACAUCUGAAAUGAUGUGAUGCAGCUGAGAAUAUUAAUUUAAGUAUAAAGAGGAAUUUUGUACAGGAUAAUCAUUGAAUCGUGGAGUCUUGUGAAUUUCGGAUGACACAUUUUUACAUUGGGAAUUUUUUUCUUUCUUUUUUCGUGUGGGAAGGGUGAGGGUUUCAAUUAUUUCGGGGGUUGGAAUUGGGGUGGGGGCGGAGUAAUGAGCAAUGUUUGACGUUGGUAUUAUGAGACCCCUCCACCCCAUGGGUCUCCCACUCUUUGCCCACUCUCCCUACACCUGGGAAACACUUAUACAACAGAUACAAUUAAUAAUGCAAUUACUAUGGAAAAAAAAUUAAUGAAAAAUCAUGGGGCUAGCGAGCCAUCAACGUAUAUUGAAUCUCUGUCUUCAUUAAUUUACAAUUUAUUAUACGGAAUUUAGUAAUGAGAUACCAUUAUUAUUAUAUACACUGUACAUGUAUAAAAUAUUUAAUAACAUUAUUAUUUACAAUUGUAUACAAA